GACAAAUAGAUUCAUUUUUGUACUAACGAAGUAUGGAGAACACUGCUCUUAUUCCUUUUCCUCCAAGAUCAGUUGAUGAUGAUGAAGAAGAAAAUCCACAAAUAAUUCAGAACAAGAAUGAUAGUCGUUCAUCCAAUAACAGGGAGAUUGUCUUUACUCAGCCUCAGCCCACGCAUGACUUUCAUUUCAUUUAUCAGCGCAAUCAACGUCCUAGUGACAACUUUUUAAUGCUUACUAUUAUUCAACUUGCUCUAUGGUCUGUGAUUGGAGUUAUGGCACUCUUUUGCAUUAUUCCAGCUCUAUACUUUGCUGUCAAAGCAAGAAAUGCUGAAAUGAAUGGUGAUAUCAUUAGAAUGUACUCAAAGCGCCAGCUUGCUCUCAUUUUUAACUUCUUUGGCUUUUUUGUUGGCUUCAUAAACAUCAUCCUAAAUAUUAAUUUGUUAAUGUCUAUAUUUGGCUACUAGUAAACAUUCAUACUAUAAACUUACCUCAAGUUUUGUAACACAGCCUGUCAAAUUUUGUUUUUAUUAGUUAAUAGAUAAUACCAUGAAA